AUGAACGUUAUCGAAUGGGCGUUCGGUAAGCGCAUGACGCCCGCAGAGCGUCUGCGCAAACACCAACGUGCCCUGGACCGAACACAGCGCGAGCUCGACCGAGAACGGACUAAGCUCGAGAAUCAGGAGAAGAAAUUGGUGCAGGAUAUCAAGAAGAGCGCCAAGAAUGGUCAAAUCAAUGCAUGCAAGAUCCAAGCCAAGGAUCUGGUUCGAACACGACGAUAUAUCCAGAAGUUCUACCAGAUGCGCACGCAAUUACAGGCUAUCUCUUUGCGCAUUCAGACGGUCCGGAGCAAUGAACAGAUGAUGCAAUCCAUGAAGGGAGCUACAAUGCUUCUCGGCAGCAUGAAUAGACAGAUGAAUCUCCCAGCACUGCAGCGCAUUGCGAUGGAGUUCGAGCGCGAGAACGAAGUCAUGGACGAACGACAAGAAAUGAUGGAUGAUGCGAUCGACGAAGCAACGGGUAUGGAAGGCGAAGAGGAAGAGGGUGAAGACAUUGUUAAGGAGGUUCUGGAUGAAAUUGGUGUUGAUCUGGGCCAAUCGUUCGGCGAGACACCCUCCGGCAUACAAAAGGAAUCAGUCGGAGAGACCCGCGUUGCGCAAGCUGUUGGUGGUGGAGGCCACGCGGAUGAUGACGAUCUUCAAGCUCGGCUGGACAGCCUUCGACGAUGA